UCAUCGAUCACUCCAGUCUUCGAACACAAAUCAACUACCAAUUCUACUAUCUCUUAAAAUUUCUGAGCCUCUAGGUUCCAAACUCCAUCCAACUAUCAAAAUGCAGCUUUCCGCCUUCUUCGUCACUGUCCUGGCCACCGCCGUUCUCGCCAACCCUGUCAAGCGCGGUGACGGUGGUAAGGGAGGUGCUCCCUACGAGGCUUGCACUGGUCUAUACAGCACCCCUCAGUGCUGUGCUACCGAUGUCGCUGGAGUGGCUGAUCUCGACUGCCAGACUCCUAGCAAAGUUCCUCAUAGCGCGGCUGACUUCAAGGCUGUCUGUGCUGUUGGAGGACAGCGCGCUCGCUGCUGUGUCCUCCCCGUUCUCGGACAGGAUGUUCUCUGCCAGACCCCUAUUGGCGUCUAAGGGGCCAACUCAGAACCCGAUGGCAUACUUCUAGCAAAACAUGACAAUACAAAAAUUAGAAGUUGCCUAAAUUCGUUGGGUUUCCAGAUCUGGUGUUGAUGGAGUCGAUGAGUGGCGGAUUUAGGGGGUAUAACGAUUGGAAUGAUGAUGUAUUGUCGCUCUCUUCAAUUCUUCUGUAGUGAAGUUUAAGGAUUCAACGUCAAGCCUCAAUCCAAUAUACUUUUCUUCCUAACUACCUAUUUUAACAGACCCUCCGUGCUCUAUGCUAUGACCUCGUCUCAAAAUCUUCGGAUUACUUCUGCUAUAGCGACUGUUAGAUCAGUCUCCACGCCUAACAUCCGCCCGGAC